AACAAGCCUUCGUUCUCACGUUAAUUCUACUUGCACCAAACCAGACCAUAAGCUAGCACACAGUUUUUAGUUUUUAGUUUUUAUUUUUUUUAAGAAGACAUACAUACCAGACCAAACCUAAGCAGCAGAUCAAGCAUGAAGUUCCUGUUGGAGUUGGGGUCGUGUUACCGUUCUUCGUCGUCGUUGAAGCAAACUCAAGAUCAUGAGAUGAUCAAAAGCCGUGUGAGAAGAUCAAAGUCUGCAGAGUCUGCUCAACAAUGGAGGCCAGCUCUUGUUGCAAUCUCAGAGGAUGUGGUUGCUUCUGGUCACGAGGGUAAGGCUCAGUCUGAGAAGAUAUCGUCCAAGAAAGGACGUAAGGCCAAGGCUCGAAGCCUCAGUUGCAUUAGUCACGACGAGCUCUCCGGGGGAAACAAUGCGCCUGUGUUCGUACCGGCAGCGUUUGCAGCAACCCCCUUCAUGUUCUGAUGAGUUUGCGGCAACCCACUUCAUGAACAUGUACAGAGUCUGGAUCAGUUUUACUUUUACUGUUUUUAUUUUAUUUUAAUGUUUUAUUUUGUUGUAAUUAUUAUGGAAGUUAGAGGAUGGUAUUUUAUUUGGUUUAGAACCGUUUGGAAUUUUCAUAUAUUGUGCAGAAUUUGAGAACUAGCUUAUACAGACUGAGAUUAACUCC